AUAGUUCCGUGCCCACAGGUUGGUUCCGCAGAGCCGCAUCCAUCACCCCAUUUAGACCUGACCACUUUCAAGCUCACCUGCGGUCCCUACCUACGGCACGACAACUAUCAAUCGGAACAGACAAAAACGGAAAUAGUACAGUCGUCAUGGCUGUUGGGAAUCGGAAAGAACGACGCGCUGCAACGAAGAAAGGUGCCACAAGCAGUGGCUUUGAACCCACCACCGAGAUCGAUGAGGAUGGGGUGGAAUACAUUCUCCAACACCCCGACCGCUCCGGCCCCAAAGGAAAGACCUUGUUCGAUAUGGCAGAAGAGAGGCAAAGGGAAUUGAACAAAGGAAAGCCUGGAUACACAGCAGAUGGAGAUCUGUCUGAGGAUGACGAGGAGCUCAUAGGUCCCUUUGGAAUUGCUUUCCUCUACGCCAUCUCCCUCGGAAUGCUUCAUCUGACACUCGAUGUAACUGUUUACAGCCAAUAUCGUGAACAGAUCUUGUGGUCCGAAAUCAUCCAACGAGCUGUCACCGCAACACCCGUUUUCCUCAUUCUAGUCUACCUUCUCCACGUCGAUUUCUCCAAGCAGUUUCCCAUGUUACGCAAUAUCUUUUUCCUCGUCAUGAGCACUGUAGCCGGUUGCUACCUCAUAUUUUCGGUGAAUAUGCAUGGUUACUUCUUCGUAAUGAAAGCUGCGCCCCCAAUCGGUGCGUUGUGGGUGUGGAGCGUAAUCGAGAUGCAUGUUGCGUACGCCGUGGCGAGUUGUGUCAUUGUUUUGGGUUACCUAUGGUGGAAUGGCUUUCAGGCUUUCUAGAAUGCCCAAGUUAUCAUCAAGCCAUUCCGCUACAAGACAGCAUACGCCCGUUCGAGAAUGCAGGAAAAAAGCCAGGCUCGAUAACAGCAUGACUCCAGGGUCUCGUCGCAUCACCGAUUUGAGUCUUUGUGGGCUGCUAGGGAAACCAUGUGCCCCAUUCAUCAGUGUAACCAUCCUGCUGAUCCAGCGAUAGUUGGAUCUUCAUAA